UUUGUUUUCCUCGGUGGCGAUGAGCGCAGAGUUGAAGCGGUGGCUUGAGCGAGAGAGGGGCCAGCGCUGCUAGCCUGCUAGCUGGGCGCUCAGCGGACGCGUCCUCCACGUCGCGGCUCACAGCCCCAGGAGGAGAGUCCCGGUGCCGCGGUGUGGCAUCGGGAGCCGGAGGCGGAGCAGGAACAGAGCCACAACUUGGGGGACCUGCUGCCUACUGAAAUUGUUCAUACUGGGCAACUACCUCAUUCCAUUGAGCUAAAAGUGACAUCAUUAUCAUUGUCAUCUUCAUCACCACCAUCAUCAUCGCUCACAACCAUAGAACCAACCACAAAACACUUUUCUUGAAACCAUCUUGUAAGGGGCAUGGUCUAGCAGUCUGGUGUUAGGACUUGAAGUCUGGAAGCCCAGAAAUUCUCAUCUCAAUUCUGAUUCUGAAUUCUGCUGGCCUUGGGUUUUGCAUUAUCUAGGAGGACAGAAUGGGGAAGCAAAAUAGCAAACUCCGUCCUGAGGUGCUCCAGGAUCUCCGGGAGAACACUGAAUUCACAGAUCAUGAGCUGCAGGAGUGGUACAAAGGGUUUCUAAAGGACUGUCCUACCGGCCACUUGACUGUCGAUGAGUUUAAAAAGAUAUACGCCAACUUCUUCCCCUAUGGUGACGCAUCGAAGUUCGCAGAACAUGUCUUCCGCACCUUUGACACAAAUGGCGACGGGACUAUUGACUUCAGGGAAUUCAUCAUUGCUCUGAGCGUCACCUCUCGGGGAAAGCUGGAACAGAAACUGAAGUGGGCAUUUAGCAUGUAUGACCUUGAUGGCAAUGGCUAUAUAAGUCGUGGGGAGAUGCUCGAAAUUGUACAGGCCAUUUACAAAAUGGUAUCCUCGGUAAUGAAAAUGCCUGAAGAUGAGUCCACUCCUGAGAAGCGAACAGACAAAAUUUUCCGGCAGAUGGACACGAACAAUGAUGGCAAACUGUCCCUGGAAGAAUUCAUUAAAGGUGCCAAGAGUGAUCCUUCCAUUGUCCGGUUGUUACAGUGUGACCCAAGCAGUGCAAGUCAGUUCUAACUCCACCCACAUCUGGACAGUUGCAAAGAACCACUGGCUUGUCAUUCCAGCUUUGCUUACAGAAAUGAAUGCCUUCUCAAACC